GCACCGAGCUGGCGAAAAGCUCGGCCGGGCCUAGACUCCUCAGGUGUGCAUAACCGACCGGACCGGGAAACCGAACCGGAUCACCGGGAAUACCGGAAUUUUCCUUCGGUUUGUCUUUUCCGGUUCAUUUUUCAGGUCCGGUUCGGUUAUGCAACACCCCCGUACGCCGUAACCCUUGUACCGGCAGGAGAGAAAAAAAACCCUGCCUUCUCAUCCAGGCGGCGCUCCCCUUCCUCUUGACGGCGGCGCGACCCGGCUCUCUGCCUCUGACCCUCCGCGUCCUCGCAGUCUUCACCACACCCCCCGUACUUCCUCUUGUCCGCCGCAGCCGUAGCUUAGCGUCACCGCCGACGCCGCGCACCUCACGCGCGUUGCCGCCAUCCGCUCCCCGUCUAUCACGGUUGUGCUGCGCACCUGGGACACCAUCUAGAUCCACCCCUUCGCAAGAGGCGGUAGGGCUGGGUAGGAGAAGAGGAGAUGGUGUUCGGACAGGUGGUAAUCGGGCCACCAGGCUCCGGCAAGACCACCUACUGCAACGGCAUGUCCCAGUUCCUCUCCCUGAUCGGAAGGAAAGUUGUGGUUAUCAAUCUCGACCCUGCAAAUGAUGCAUUGCCAUAUGAUUGUGCCAUCAACAUUGAGGAUCUCAUCAAACUUAGCGAUGUCAUGUCUGAGCAUUCGCUUGGUCCUAAUGGAGGGCUUGUGUAUUGCAUGGAUUACUUGGAGAAGAAUAUCGAUUGGCUUGAAGAUAAAUUGAAACCUCUUAUUGACGAUCACUAUCUGUUAUUUGAUUUCCCUGGGCAAGUGGAACUUUUCUCCCUUCACACAAAUGCAAGGAAUAUUAUCAACAGACUCAUAAAAAAGCUAGACUUGCGGCUGACUGCUAUGCACCUUGUUGAUGCCCAUUUAUGUUGUGAUCCUGGGAAGUAUGUGAGUGCUUUGCUUCUUUCACUGUCAACAAUGUUGCACUUGGAGCUACCACACAUCAAUGUUUUUUCAAAGAUUGAUCUCAUCGAGAACUACGGAAAUUUAGCAUUCAACCUUGACUUCUACACUGAUGUCCAAGACCUCUCCUAUUUGCAAUACCAUCUUGAUCAAGAUCCUCGUUCUGCCAAGUACAGGAAACUUACAAAAGAGCUAUGUGAUGUGAUUGAUGAUUUUAGCUUGGUCAAUUUCACAACAUUGGACAUCCAGGACAAGGAAAGUGUCGGUAAUCUUGUGAAGUUGAUUGACAAGAGCAAUGGCUAUAUAUUUUCUUCUAUAGACAGCAGUGCUGUCGAGUUCAGCAAAAUUGCAGCUGCACCUCUUGACUGGGAUUACUACAGAACAGCAGCAGUACAGGAAAAGUACAUGAAAGAUGAUGAGGUCGUUCAGCAAAAAAGCAGGAUGCAAUGAGAUCGGCGUUUGCUUCACUUCCCCACUGCUGACUAAAUAUGCCUUUGGCAAUAUACAGAUGUUGCUUGUGUUUAUCAUAACAAUGUGCGACUUUUACCCAGGUGUAGUAGAUGUCCGUAAGUUUCUUUGUAGAAUUUCGCCAUCCUCCCUUGCGCUUGCGGCAAAGAUGGUGGUGAACUUAUUAUGUACCCUGUAAUGGUUUCACUUGACUGCACUGUUUUUCGAGUACGCAGUACCAAUACAAAGUCCCAGUUCAGCUGUACCUGUACCCUUUGGUGUUGUAGCUUCUGAGAACAAGUUUAACCCAGCCAUAGGCCAUUUUGUAACUAACUGGUUCAGCCUUUUA